UAACUUCCCGAGAUGAAUGGCUCCGAUCGCUGGUAUUGUCAAUCGGGAACCUCAACCUCACCCUUUCAUUUCGAUUUUCGCGAUCGCACCAAACCAUUAGCAAUAUUUGACGGUUCAGCUUCCGAAUUUGUUCAUAUGAGUAAAUGCCCCUUACCGAAUCCAAUGGCCACCAAACUUCCAUAAACCUAAUGUAUUAUUUUUAUUAUUAUUAUUUUCCUGAUUUUAAUCGAUAAUUUUAUAUUAUAUAGUUUUCUCAUUUUCUGUACUCUUCUAACUUCCUCGCAAAGGGAAGGGAAGGUAUUGGAUUGGGGAAGAAUCGCAGUUACUGUCUGGUUUCUUCAUCGAACUUGCUGUUGACUUAUUUUGCUUUUCCGUUCUAUUUCGAAUCUCAAUUCAAACUCUUCAUCUUUCAUUACAUCAUUCGUUUAAGCGCUGAAAGGAACAGCGAAUCGUGUUUGGCGGUGUAUGACGAGCGCUUCGGAGCUAUUCCACAUCAGGAGGCAUCGAUUGGGACGAAAUGCUCUCGAUCUAGGGUUCGACUCAUCUUCCGCUUCAGAUCUCCACCAUCAUCGCCUCCACGACCUCGACGCCGGUGAUUCUCUCCGCCGCUACUACCAUCUGCGCCGCCUCCGUCACCCGGAGCGUGCAUCAGAUAGAAUUGAUGGGAGACAUCGCCGGUCACUCUUGAAUGAUAGUGUUGAUUCUGCAGAGAACGUAAGAGGCAUAAGGGGUUUUAGAGCGAGUGCCAGUGAUAGACUACCCGUAGGUGUGGUACUUGCACGGGCAAGACUCUUUCAGAGGUUGAGAGGGGACCCUGUCUCUAGAAACAGGCAAUAUGGUAGAGGUUCAAUGGGUGAGGAUCCGGAAAGUGAAUUUCCAACUCGGGGCUCUCUAGUUACUGACUUGACUUCUCAAAUGGGAAGGUCCCAGCUUUUGCAAGAACUAAAGCCACCUGGACUCACUCAGGAGGCCCUAAACUGUUUACAUCUGGAAGUUUUCAGCAGCAGGGAGACAGAAUUGGAGUCCAGGGUACUUCAGAUUGUGGGAUAUGCUUGGAAUCUUUCACGGAUGGAGAUGAGCUGAUACGUUUGCCAUGUGGACAUAAAUUUCACUCUGCUUGUUUGGAUCCUUGGAUUCGCUGUUGUGGAGACUGUCCAUAUUGUCGAAGAUGUAUAGUUGUAAAUAGUCACUUACCACAAAAUGAGGCCGAGUAGUUUCUA